AUGCCCACGCAUGGCCCGCCGUCUCCGAUCCUCCAGAAAAGCGUCAAGCGUCAGCGGCAGGACUCGUACGACGGCACGUCAUCGCGCAACGGCUUCUCGAGCCCUGAGCAGCAAGCCGGCGAUGCGAAUCUAGGAGGGGCGGCAAGGAGCAUCACCAGCGGUCGCAGCGAGGCCAGUACCUCGGCUGCUGUGUACCCCGGCGCCUCUGUCUCAUCUGCCUCUGCCUCUGCUGCGCCAGGCCCCGGCCCCGGUCCCGGUCUCGGUGCGGGCGUAACUGACGCUGCUGGUGCCACGGCUGAUGGCAGCACCGCCUCCACAACCACAACCACGGCUGCUGCCGCUGCCGCUGCCGCUGCUACCGACGGUCUUGCGGCGACUGGCAAGCCUGGCCAGAGCAGCAACUUUCGCAAUGUGAGCGCGUGCAAUCGCUGUCGACUACGCAAAAACAGGUGCGAUCAGAAGCUGCCUAGCUGCGCGAGCUGCAGCAAGGUCGGCGUCUCCUGCGUUGGCUAUGACCCUAUAACAAAGAAGGAGAUUCCGAGAAGCUAUGUCUUCUAUCUUGAAACCCGCGUGGAGGUGCUGGAGAAGCUCCUGGAGUCUAACAAUAUCCCGUUCCCGCCGGCAGAAGAUCUCGACCUAUGCUCCCGCCCUGGAGUAGACGGCAGCUUCCCGGCUGUACGAGAUGCUACCAAUUACUCCAGCCACUCGGAAUACGCAGAUCACCGCACCCCGCGGCCUCACAGCCACCAUGGCCAGAGACUGGAUGGUGCGAUGCUUCCAGCCAAGAAGCAGGGCGACCGGAGCCCUGCCAUGAUGAAUAUUGUUAGCUCAUCGAAGCCGCGAUCGCUUGCCUCUACAUCGGGUGUCUCGUUUGCCCGUGUUGUGCUUGCAGCCGUCCAGUAUUCGGUACCAGACCAGAAUGGCGGCUCAGAGAAACCUGUUUCUUCUCAUCACUCGAAUCUGGCUGGGGCCGGUACUUCUAUGCGCGACUCUUUCUUCGGUUUACAUACCCGGCCCACCAUACAACCAGCCAUCUUUCCGACCAGGGACGUGGCUAUGCGCCUAGUGACACUUUAUUUUGAGCACGCAAAUCCGCAGAUUCCCAUUCUGCACCGCGGAGAGUUUAUGCGCACCUUUGAGCGGGCGUAUGCAACCGAUGGCCCGGAUCUUAGCGCGAGGGAACUGUACAUGCUCAACAUGGUCUUUGCCAUUGGCUGUGGUGUCAUUGUUGGCGAGCCAGUCAAAGCAGAGGCUUCCGGUGGUGGUGGACUGUCGUUUCAGCGUAGCAGCAGGAAUCAGUGCCAGCCGGAGGAGUACCACGCAAGCGCAAUCGUCCACCUUGAAGAGUGUCUCAGCAGCAGCGGAGGCGGGCUUGAGGUGCUGCAGGCCGUUCUUUUGCUUGCCAACUUUGCACUUCUUCGACCAGUUCCGCCUGGCCUGUGGUAUAUCACUGGCGUGGCAGUGCGUCUUGCGGUUGAUCUUGGCCUCCAUCACGAAGACGGAGGGGAUGUAGACAGCGGCAGUGGGCAGAAUGCCUCUGGCCAUAAUCACCCUGAUGGCUCUGUAAACGAACCGCGGGACCCCAACGGUGGCGGCCCAGACCGAGCGAGACGUCUCUGGAUCCGUGACAUGAGACGGCGACUGUGGUGGUGUACUUAUUCGUUUGACCGGCUUGUAAGCACCUGCGUUGGUAGACCGUUUGGUAUCAGCGACCAUGUCAUCACGACCGAGUUUCCUUCCAUUCUUGACGAUGACUUUAUCACACCCAAUAGCUUUGGUAGCCCACGCCCAUCCAGCGAAGAGCCGAGCUACAAGCGCGUUGCUCACCAUUAUUUCAGGCUGCGCAUCCUGCAGUCGGAGAUCCUUCAAGUCCUGCAAUAUAACCAGGCGCAAAUCGCCAGAAAUGGAGCCCAAGCGAGGACGCUCUAUCCUGAGAUGAACAGACAGUUGCCAUCCCCGUAUCUUGUCCAGUUUGACUCGUAUAGAUCAUGGCGAAUUGACAUUGACCGAAGGCUUCGUGAAUGGAAAGACCAAGCGCCUUUAAAGCAUGAGACUGGGGUAGCCUUCUCGACCGAGUUUCUGGACCUCAACUACUGGCAAGCCAUUGUGCUGCUGUAUAAGCAGAGCCUGAGUAUCCCUGCCAUGUUUGAGGGAGAGUAUAAUCCUUCCAACGAGGUCAACAGCCCAACGGCCUUUACUGCGGAACUACGAGAAGACGAAGAGCGCAUAUAUCUCAAAGUUGCUGAAGCAGGACAAAAGAUCCUGCGGAUAUAUAGACAGCUGCACCUGAGCAGCCUCACUAUGGAUGAAGUAGACUUUACAGUGCUGGCAGCAAAGUCGGUAUUUACUGACAUGAUUGACAAAUGCCCGCCGGCAGAAACUUGUCGCGACGCUUUUGACCGAACCGCCAAAGCCACCAUCCAGAUGGCCACGUCGAAAGGUGGCUUUGGUUCGCCUGUCAUGCAGUCACGGCGACCACCCACUCGAAGAGAGACUACCAAUUGGGCUCUUACGCCUUCAGAUAUAACGUCCAAGAGGCCGGCAGCGCCCCGACACCGGCAUUCAUCCCAGCAUCAGUAUCAACAGCCUGAGCAACAUCACCAGCAGCACCACCAGCAGUUCCAGCUUGACAUGGCAAUGGGCGACAGCUUAUCCUCGCCCAGCCUCUCAACCGGUGGAGAUAUGGCCACGCCACCAGUGACAAUGGCUCACUCGCAUAGCCAUGGUCGACCAAGCCCCUCACGGCGAACGGGCAGCUACGACGACGGAAGCUCCGUUGUCGACCAGUCAAUGAUUGCCUCGCCGUCUGUGCCUCGCCAGGCCACUCCCAGUAGCACCAGCGGCGGGAACCCGUUCAUGACUCCACAACCCCAGCAGCAGCAACAGUUUGGGAUGCAGGAGUACCCGGAUGCGCAAACAAUGGACUUUUUGCAGACGCUGGGCACUGGGUCCAACGGCGGCGGCUUUGGAGGCGGCAUGGACCAAGGCCAGAUGGAUUUUGGCUUUGGCCUGAACUGGGAGGGCAUGCACAACGACUACGCGGAGGCGUCGUCGUCGGCGAUGAAUCCCUUUGACUCGUUCUUCUUUGGCGGGCCUCAGGGAGGUAAUAGUUGA